ACCACAUAGAAACGUCUUAGCAAUCUAUAUAAGAAUCCUCAGCAGCAGCAUGAUAAACAUACAUUUCCAGAGGUCCAAGAAGUGUUUUAAAACAUCUGAAUGGCUACACACAUGGGCUCAUCCGAUUUCAAUUGAUCAUUAUAAUGAAAUCCAUAUGAUAUUUAUGGUAUUUGCAUUAUAAAUUCAUGGUAUGUACAAAAAAAAAAAAAAUAGACAGCUCCUGAAAAUCCUCAAAUCAAAACUUGCUUUCAGAAUUUACCUCAGUGCAGUCUCAUCUAGACUUGUUCUUAUCAAUCCAACCAAUCACAUGAUAUCUAACAGCAGGGAAUCUUAAGUAUAAAACUGCCUGGGAGGCUGUGCAUCUGUCCAGUGCUGCUCGGAGAGAGUGCGUAAAGGUGCUGUCCAUUUCCAAAUGUGUAAACGUCUACAAAGAUACAUCAGAAGAUAUGUUUCUCCUUCUUUAUCUGAGCUUUUGGAGUGUGCUGGGUUCACAUAGUCAGAGCCUGAGUGCAACAACAACAACAACAUCGCAAGCAUUUGUGACAGCUGGAGACGACAACGGCCAGUGCACGACCUGUCAGUUUAGGCAGCAGAGUAAACUCAUGCGCUUGCACUCCAUCAAGUCUCAGAUUUUGAGCAUCCUGCGUCUAGAACAAGCUCCGAACAUCAGUAGAGACACGGUCAAGCUACUCUUACCCAAAGCACCUCCACUGCAGGAGCUCCUCGACCAGUAUGACCAAAAUGGAGGCAUUGGUGAGAAUGAGGAACAAGGCAGCAGUGAGACCAUUAUUACCAUGGCCACAGAACCGCAAGCCAUCGCCCAUCUUGAGGGAAUGCCGAAGUGUUGCAUUUUCUCACUGAGCCCAAAGAUUAUGCCCGACAGCAUCCUGAAGGCCUUGCUCUGGAUCUAUCUCCGACCAGCUGAAGAGCCAACCACAGUCUUCAUCCAGAUAUCUCACCUGCGGUCAUCUUCUGAAGGGAACAGCCACUCAAGAAUACGGGCACAAAAAGUUGACGUGAAUGCCCGGACAAACUCCUGGCAGCACAUUGACAUGAAGAAGCUGUUGCAGUUGUGGCUCAAACAGCCCCAGAGUAACUUUGGGAUCGAAAUCAAGGCCUUUGACACCAAUGGAAAUGAUAUGGCUGUGACCUCGCCAGAAUCUGGAGAGGAAGGACUGCAACCCUUCUUAGAGGUGAAAAUAUCAGACGCUGGCAAGCGGUCCAGAAGGGACACUGGCCUUGAUUGCGAUGAGCAUUCCACCGAGUCUCGUUGCUGCCGGUAUCCACUCACCGUCGACUUUGAUGACUUCGGGUGGGACUGGAUAAUUGCGCCCAAGCGCUACAAGGCCAAUUACUGCUCCGGUGAAUGCGUGCAGAAGUACCCUCACAGUCACAUCGUUAACAAGGCCAACCCUCGGGGCAGCGCAGGUCCCUGCUGCACACCAACCAAGAUGUCACCCAUAAACAUGCUGUAUUUCAAUGACCGCGAGCAGAUCAUCUACGGAAAAAUCCCUUCAAUGGUCGUAGACCUUUGCGGCUGCUCUUGAGCCCAAGGGCUUUUCUAGUCACUACGACAGCAAGCCCUAACUGCUUUGGACCAGAGGGAAGUGAAAACAACCUUUACCUUGUCCCUUACGAAAUAGUUCCUGUUAAAACAAUUGACCACACCGGGUCCCAACAAGCCAACUUAGCCAAAUCUUUUUGUUUGUUCUCAUCAACUGUUGUACUCAACGACAGUGGUAAAAGGUGACAAGGGUUUCUUUUUUGAAGGUAUAACAAGGCUUCCUCUGUGAAAUCAUUUAAGCAUAGAGAUGACCUGAUGGGCUUUACCAGUGUGAUUUCAGAAUGUACAAAUUGCAAAAAGUAAAUUAAUUGUAAUUUUUAAGGGGGUUGUAAAGUUUAUUAUUUAUAUAAAGCUGCUUAUCCCCCAGUGACCCAAAAAGAGGAACACUGACCCAGAAACUUACUCAACAUGACGUCCAAACAAAAGACUUUCUGCAGUUGGUUCAUAGCAUGUGGGUGGUUGACAAAUGACAUGGAUAGGAAACUUUUUAGUGCUGUAACUACGCUGUAAAAAAUAUUUUCAAGAUUUGUUAUCACAACAUUUUUUUUCUUUAGUCAAAUCAACUUAAAUAAUUUAUUUAGUUGAGAUAACUUAUUGUUUAGAGUUUCUGAUGAUUAAAUCAAUGUAUUAACUCACUUUUUCCAGUUCAAUCAACUUAAAAUUUUAAGGCAACCAGGUUACUUCCUUUUUUAAGUUAAAUCAUUUUUUUUACAGUGUAGUCACAAUUUCAAUGCUUUUUAAAUAGUUUUAAACAUUGCUGGAACAUGUCAACCAUCGAAAAGCAUGCUUCUUAUAUGUUAAAAAAAAACUGCCAAUUAAAUAGUUAUCCUACAAAAUGUCUUAGGUUAGAGAUGGUCAUACUCAUAGUGAUCUUUUAAAACAUGGAAUUGUUUGUAUAGAUUGUGGUUUCAAAAUCAUGCUGUAGUUUUGAUCUGUUGUACCAAGUAAAAUGCCUGUUACUGAU